AUGCCGGGUCGAACACUCCCGACCCUGCCCUCCGCAGAAGUAGCAGCGCAUAAUACCGCAGAGUCCUGCUAUGUCACGGUCGGAACGAAAGUAUACGAUGUUACGCCAUUUCUUGAGGACCAUCCCGGAGGCGGCGAUCUGAUCCUGGAGCACGGCGGCAAAGAUGUGAAGGAGGCAAUGGAGGACGAAAUUUCACACGCCCAUACCGAGAGCGCCUGGGAGAUUCUGGACGACUACCUGGUGGGUUUUGUUGCGACGGAGAAGGUGCUGGACGCCGCAAAGCAGAGCAACGAUCCGUUCAGUGUGCUGCCUAUGGAACCCAACGGCAAGGGCAUGAAAGAGUUGGAGAAGACGGGCAACGGCGCCUUGUCAGAAGUCAAGGCUCGGGAUCAGGCAGCGACAAAUGGACCAGGCGAAGGCAAGAAGGUGUAUGAGUCCACGGGCAUGAGCUCUGAGGAAGACCUCAACAAAGAGACGGAUGUUGUGUCGGAUUUCAAGAAGCACAAGUUCUUGGACUUGAACAAGCCGCUCCUCCUCCAGGUCUGGUUUGGUGGCUUCAGCAAGGAGUUCUACCUGGAGCAGGUACAUCGGCCUCGACACUACAAGGGCGGCGAAAGUGCGCCAUUGUUUGGAAACUUCCUCGAGCCCCUAUCGAAGACACCCUGGUGGGUUGUUCCUACCGUAUGGCUCCCUCCUGUGGUCUACGGUACUGUCUUGUCUGGACUCCACCUGAGCUUUCCCGCUCUCGUGGCAUACUGGAUCGUGGGGCUUUGCAUAUGGACCAUCGUUGAGUAUGGUCUGCAUCGCUGUCUCUUCCACCUCGACUAUUACCUCCCUGACAACCGAGUCGCCCUUACUCUGCACUUUCUACUUCAUGGCAUCCAUCACUACUUGCCAAUGGACAGGCUGCGACUUGUGAUGCCACCCACCUUGUUCAUUGUCCUUGCCACGCCUUUCUGGAAGCUGGCACAUACGGUGUUCUUUUACGACUGGUAUGCGGCAGUGGCUGUUUACUGUGGUGGUAUCUUUGGGUACAUCUGCUACGACAUGACCCACUACUUCCUCCAUCACAAGAAGCUUCCUUCCUUCUAUCAAGAACUGAAGAAGUAUCACCUCCAGCAUCACUUCAUGGACUACGAGAAUGGGUUCGGCGUCACGAGUCGCUUCUGGGAUCGAGUGUUUGGCACAGAGCUGCCUCCUCCGCCAACACCCAAGGUCCUCAAGACAACAUGA